GAGUCUCUCUAGUAUUUAUUCUCUUUUGUAUCAGCAUAGACCACCUCCUUAUAUUCUCUCUUUCAAGACUCUCUCUUUCAAGAAACAAUGAAGAGACUGCUAGUAGAUGGUGAGACCUCUCCUAAAGCCGGUCCCUCUUCUUCCCUUGACAUUUCUGAUUAUGGUUUAAAAUCACCUUGUGAUGUGAGAAUUUCUAGGAGGCGAUCAGCUAAUCAUAAUCUGCCUCCUGCUGGUGCUAUUAGCUUGAAAUCCCCCAUGGUUAGGCCUUACGUUCGAUCAAAAAUGCCUCGCCUUCGAUGGACUCCUGAUCUUCACCACUGUUUUGUACAUGCAGUCGAAAGGCUUGGUGGAGAAGACCGUGCUACUCCAAAGAUGGUUUUGCAGAUAAUGAAUGUGAAGGGUCUUACAAUAUCUCACGUAAAGAGCCAUCUUCAGAUGUACAGGAGCAUGAAGCAUGAGCAGAUGAUACAAGAAGCGGUUUUGGCAGCUCAGAGGAACGAUAAGGCACCAGGAAUUCACUAUUCAAACUAUUUCUCACACCGGGACUCUAUGAGCUGCCUGGAGAAUCAUCACUUGGAAGACCAGGGAUUAAAUAACAAUUUACUACCCUAUCAAGACCAUGGAACUCAUAACCCCAGUUACAAGCAUGCUCUUAAGAAUACCAGCAUGCCAGCACAAAGGAAAGAAAAGCAAGAGAUGUGGAUUGGAAAGAGAUUGCUGACUGAGUCAUUUUCACAUGGAAAAGUAACAAGCAACGAUCCUUGUAUCAUCUUCAAGGAUCUACUCAAAAGCUGCACGACUACUCAAAGGAGUAAUGUGCAAGAUAAGAAUCGGCAGAGUUUAGAAGAUUUAGCUGAGAUUGCACAGAGAGUAGAAGGGGACAAAAUGUCUUUAUUACUAAACUCCAAAGCUUCAGAGUCAGUGUUGAAGCUGAGGAAAGCUGAGAGUUUAGGUGUGGAUGAUGUUUGUCUUGAGCUCACUCUUGGUUAGAAUAUAAUGGCGCACAUUAUGAAGGAGACAGUUUGGUGUUUCUGAAAGUUUCUGAGCUUCAUUUUGUUAUGUUGCUAUAGUUUUCAAGCAAAGAUCCCACAUGGAAAGUGGAAACAACCAUAUAUGGGAGACGUAAAGCACAUCUGAAAUCGAGCAGCAAAUUAAUGAAACUUAAUGACUGGGUAAUUAGUUCAAAUUAAGAAUAAUCAAUAGAUUAUUGUUGGCCUAAUAACAACUGCUGAUUUCUUACAGUUAUCUAUAGCCUAUAAAGAAAUAACUGUCAAUAAGCAUAUAGAAAGAAAGCACGCACACUAAAUGUAUAAAACAUGAGUAUGAGAAGGUGAUUAUCUUCUCCAGCUAAAUGACAGGCUUAGCAAUGCGAAAUUAAAGAAAAUGUCGGCAGCUGAAUUGUUUUGUGUAUGCCAGUAGUACAAUAUCUGUUGGAUGUUUUUAAAAAUAAAACUGUGCAACCUUCUAUAUCGGCCAGUUAUUGCAAUGUCCGGAAGAUGAAGGCAUUUAUCCUCCCAUUCUGAUAAAUACAUAUGAAAAAAAUGAAAAAAAAAAGAAGUUUCACCACAACCUCUGGAAUUGAGCAAUAAUUGUAUUCCAAGUUAGAUGAACCUAACUGUAUUGUAUUAGAUGAACCUAAUAAUUGUAUU